ACAUUCUCCAAAACAUUAAAAACAUUGUAACAUGCGGAAUAAAACUAAAAAUAUGGCUAAAAUAAAGCCUAGAAGUAAAUUGAACAGGCAAUCUCAGAAAAUCAAAAAGAAAGUGAUAGUGAAGCCCAAGAAGCAAGAAGUUCUAGUUGUCGCUCAAGAAAUAAAAUUUGCACGGCUGCUUUCGGGAAACGAAAAGAAAUCGCGCGACCGUGUACUCAAAACCUUGAAAAAAUGGCUUGUAAGCUGUUUCCAGAAAGGACACGAAUUUAAAGAAGAUGAUUUCAUCCGUGUAUGGAAGGGCCUGUUUUAUGCAGUCUGGAUGUCGGACAAACCAUUAAUUCAGGAGGAGCUUUGUGAGAACAUAGCGGCCAUUUUGGAUCAAUUUCCAGCCGAGCAGAUAAACUAUGCUGUUAUGAUGGUGAAGGCUGGUUUCAAGGUGCUGGCUACGGAGUGGUACGGGAUUGACCACCAUCGGAUGGAUAAGUUUCUUAUGCUGGUGAGGCGCUACCUGCGAGGCAGUCUGCGAUGCCUCCACAGAUGCGAUUGGGACUUAGAAGCAUGUAGAAAAUACAGCAACAUGCUUUCUGGACCAGAUGGUGUCCUAGCUCCUAAAACGCCGCACUACGCUAGAAAUGCAACAUCAAUGAUUAUGCAUUUAAUAGAUUGUUACCUAGAAGAGCUUGCUAAGGUGUCAUCAGGUUCGAUUCCCGACUCGUCCAUAGUGGAAUUGCUGCGUCCGUUCGCGACAUACAUGUGCGCAGGCGCCGCCCCGCCGCUGGUCACGGCGAGCCGCCGCUUGCUGACGGCGCUGCUGCGGCAGAGCGGGCCCGGCGCGCGCUACGAGCACGCGGCGGCCGCUUGGCGGAUGAUGGGGUGCCCUCGCGGAGGCCCGGAGGCUCUUGAGCUGGAAUUAGAAGACGAUGAUAAUGAUCAGACCAGUGAUGAUGAACAAGAUGAUGAAGAUGACGGAGAGAAGCCUCUGGACCCCCGCGCGGGCCGCGUGGACGUGGAGUUGCCAAAUUUGCCCGUGCCUGCGCGUGCGCUGGCCGCCCUACUGAAAGAUCUACUGGCCAACGCCUCCUCUAAGGCGCAUCGGAGGACGAAAAUCUGUUUGGAGAGAUUCGAAAAACUGGCAAAUGAAGAAUACCCGUUACCAGUGGAAGAAGUGUAUGGAGAAGAUGAGAAGCCCGCCACUUGGAGGCCGCAGAAGGCUGCCAAACAGCUGAAGAUUACAGAGACUCGACUGGUGGAGCAGGCUGACGAGCUGGCGCUGAGAGGGCUCAGUCGAAAACAUCGGAAACGUCUAUUAGCAAAAAGUCGCGCCGGCAUCAGCAUCAUUGAAGAUGUCGCUAAAUUGAAGGCUGGAGAUGAAACUAAGAAUUUGGGUGGCGACUGGACUGUCGAAUCUACGGAGAUAAAACAAAAUGGCGAUAUAUCAAAUAAGGAAAAUGUACAAAAACGUGCAAAGAAACGCAUACAAAAAGACACACAAAAGGACAGUACAAAAAAGCGGAAAAUGGACAGCAACGAUAACGCGAAAAAAAUCAAAGCCGAGAAGAAGAAGAACGAUAGAAAAAUAAAUUCGAUAGUCAACAAGAGGGAUAAUAAAUUGAAGAAGAUCAAGAAUAGUUUAGCACUCGCCGACAGCAUUAAGAAUUUUUUCGAUAACAGAGCUGGCGCUAAUGGAAAUUGCGACACGGAAGAAACAGCGGCCGUUAAAAAUAAAAAUGUCAACACAGUGAUAGUUAAAAAUGAACAGGAAAAUGUAAAAGUACACGAGAAACCUGUUAAAACAUUAGAAAAAGUCGAUGAAACAACAACAACAAGAAAAACUACCAAAAUGGUAGGAAAUAAGAACAAGUUGGUAGAAAAUAAGAACAAAAUGGUAGAAAAUAGGAAAAAGAUGGUGGAAAACGUUGUGAAAACGUUAGUUGAUAAGAGGAAAGUGAAUGUGGCGAAGAAUCCGACAGUUGUCGCGAAGAAAGUCAAGAAUUUUCAAAAACAGACAGCCAGCGAUAAGAAACAGGAUUUGCAGAAAAUCAUGGCGUUAGGUACGCCGAAGAGAGUGAAAUUCGUUCUUAAAAACAACAGCGCACAGUUACCCGCGGAGUACGCACGCGCAGUACGUUCCCGCCCCGCGGUCCCUUACGACGCGCGGAAACUUCCGACCAAGGGAAAUCUUAAACCUUCUGCGCCGUCAGCCAGAAAUCCCUUUACUAGGAAUAAGAAAUGAUGUUAAAAUGACUUGUUUAAAAUGAAUGAUGAAAUGUUA